AUGGCGACUGGAUGUGUAGUGUAUCUUCUCUGUGUCCAGGAGAACCGAGCCGGUCUGGUUCCUCAGAUCCUCCUUCUCUCUCUGAGCAGAUCCCAGGUCAGGUCCUUGUGUCUGGAACCAGGAGCCGACAGUCGCAGGAGAAGCAGAGCAGAGGAGGAACGAGGGAUGGGACAGCAGGAGGAGAAGAAGAAGGAGGAAGAGGAGGGAGCAGCUUCUCCUCUGGGGAAGAAACAGAAAAGCUCCAAAGAAGUUUACUUCUCUGUCCUGCCGGAUAAAUACGAGCCUCUGAUCGAGGAGGAGGAGAGAGAGACCCCCGAGGAGAGGAGGAAGAGGAAGGAGGAGAAGAAGAAGAAGAAGAAGAGGAAAUAUAAAAAGUACAGAAAGAACCUCGGGAAGGGGCUGCGCUUCAGCUGGAGCUGUCUGCUGAUUGGCUUACAGAGCAUGGCGUCCGUGUACACCACGCCGGCCUCGGCUGUGUCCACGGUGGUGACGGUGGUCACCAGUGGAUCGGGCCGCCGCCAUGAUGGGACAGCCAAGUGACCCCUGACCUGAGGGGUCAUCCGGGGUCAUCCGGGCCUGGCCCCUGCUCCAGAGUUUCUAAUAAAACCUUAUUUCACUUUUAAUAAAAGUUGAACUUGUUUUUUGACACAUUUUGAAAUAAUCAACGAACGUUUUUACUUUGUUUGUUUUAUAUUUUAAUUAUCAUUGUUGGUGAAAUUUCCUCUUAUUAUAUACUUGAAUAUAUAUUUUACAUUAUUAUUCUUGUAUUUUCAACUCUUUCUGAGAUUAAACAGUGUUAUAUGUUUAUUAUGUACUUUACAUGUUAUAGUGUAUUAAAUAGUUUUUCUAUUCUUUUUUGCUUUAGACAAUUUUAACAAACUAUUUUAUUAAAUAUGAAUAAACAUCAAAA